GAAAAUUAUUAAUAUAAAUAUUUUAAUUUCAGUAUGCCGGUGUUAAAUUCUCAGCUCCAAUUCUCAUGGAGUUUUGUAAUUUGGAGGCAAUCAAGAAAACAGUUAUUAUGAGUAUAGUAGUGUUCGUACUAUACACCAUAAUGACAGCUGUUCGCGGCUGCGACCCAGGAAAUGUCGUCGGCCUGGGGAAGAAUUAUUAUGGACAUCCGGAAUGCAGUUUGUCGUGCAACUGUAAGCCGCAGUGGGACGAAUUUAAGCCCGUCUGUGCGACCGACGACAUGGUCACAUACAUCUCUCCCUGCCAUGCUGGUUGUAGAGAUUCAGAAGUAAUAAAUGGAAUACAAGUGUACUCGAACUGCACGUGCGCGGGCGCGGGCGCGGGCGCGGACGCGGGCGCGGCGCGCGUGCUGGAGCGCGCGUGCGGCGACGCGGGCUGCCGGCGCGCGUUCCACCUCCACAGCAUGCUGUUCUUCCUGGUCAUUACAAUAACAAUAUUGGUGUUUCAAGCUCAAGGAGUUCUCUUGUUACGAACCGUGGACCCUCGUGAUAGGUCCGUGGUGAUGGGCUUGAUGUGGUCCAUGAUUGCAAUCGUCACAUUCGUGUGUGGACAUUCCGUUUUCUUAGGGCUUCGAGUUGCAACAUGCGGUUGGCUCGAAGCUGAAAAAUGUCAUCUACAAAGUCAAACAUUUCCGUAUCUAGUUGGAGCCACGAGUGCCUUCCUGACCCUCACAUCUAUCAUGACCAGUGCCACAACUUGGAUUUGUAUCCGAACAGCAAAUAAAGGUCAAAGUUUUGAGUCAAGGUUAUGAAAAGGACAGUACUAGUCAUAAUUUAUGUAGGAUAAUUAAUUUAUGAGUAAAUACUCGUGUAUUAUUUAUAUAAGUUUGUGUAAGUAAAUAAAUCU